GGAAUUCCGACGGACGAGAGAAGACGAAGCUGACGAUACUGGAACGAUGCUAUGAGCACCGCGAAACUUGCCAUUGAUCCGCUUUGGCAAUGCCUCUGCCCAUCAUGGUCAUCGGUCGGCCUCCUGCGGGCGACACGCGUUGCCAGUCGGAGCCGGCGAGCGCCAGAGCAGCGACAAUGCUUGCGACAGUCGACCUGGACACGGCCUUCUCACAACGCUACGACUGCCCAUCAUGACAUCCGGGCCUAUAGCACAGCAUCUUUCCAACCCUUACAGCAGCCCCAGUCAAAGAGUCGCACAGCGACACCCCUGGAGACGAAACAUGAUGCCAAUUUGGAGCACGAAGAGACGCGCUUGCUCUACGGGCGUCUCCGAUUAUCAGCGGCAGAGGGCCAAACGAAUACUUGUUUCAACAUCGCCGAAUACCUUGUCAAAGAGAGAAAAGAGAAGCCAAACGUACAGCUUUACAACGCUCUCAUUACGAGCAACACGCAUCACGAGUUGGGAGCGGCAUGGAGAGUACACGAUCUGCUAGAGGAGAUGAGAGAAGCCGGGCUGCAGCCAGAUGUCGGGACAUGCCAUGCUGUGCUGAAGGUGUUGAGUGUACACUUGGAUCAUUUACUGAGGACUGAGAUCCUGGAGUACAUGCACAAGAGAUGGUUCCAGCUCAGCGAGGAAGGAUGGCACGACAUGAUCGCUGGGAUGUUGAGGGAGGCGAGAUUUGAGCAAGCACUCGAAAGGCUGGACAAGAUGAGGCAAGAAAGAAUGCAUAUCGAACCCUGGUUGCUGGAUAUGGCCGUCUUCGCCCUGUGUGAUGCUGGCGAGAUAGAAGAGGCGUUUCGGAUAAUGCGGACACGAUAUGAUGCUGGAGAGCUACGACUGAGACAAGCUGUAUGGGCGUACCUUCUCGACAAAGGGAGCGAGGCGCGGCACCACAAUGCUACAUCUCUCGUCUGGAUGAGCCAAGUCAACCGCGGAUACUUCAACCCAUCUUCCGGCACGUGCCUGAACGUGCUCGCGACUGCUGCCCAAGCAGGCGAUGCUCCGAUGGCUACAGAAGUCUUCACACAUCUGAGCAAACGAGGAAGUGCGUUUCGGCCAAUUCACUACGAAUUACUGAUAUCAGCCUACCUGUCCGCAAGCCCGCCGGAUCUAGGUCGAGCCAUCAGCAUUCUAACGAUCAUGCCGCUGGAGAAGCUAGAGCCCACGAUCGCGCAGACGAGAGGCAUCUUCAUGUACAUCAAAGACAAGCCUGCCCUCGUCAAGCAGGCCGUGACAACACUUCGCGAACUGCAUACUGCGGGCCGCAAAAUCUCCAUCACGAUCCUCAACCUACUGAUCGAAUGCUACAUCGAGCAGAAGAAUCUCGCCGAAGCCAUGAAACUCUACAAGAUUAUCCACACUUUCGCGCCACUCGGCCAAGGUGCACAGAAAUCUUUUGCAAAUAUCGAAACUUUCAACUUGCUACUCAAAGGUUGCAGAGUCGCAAACCCGCCAGACGAGCAACAAGCGUCAUUUUUGGUAUCUGAACUCCUAGCCCUCCGCGUCGUGCCAACGGCUAUGACCUACGAUCGACUCAUUUUAUGCUUCAUCGAAGCCGCGAAAUAUGCUCUGCGCAAGGCUAGUGAGAUUCAGGAUCCCGUCAAGGCCAAAGAAGAGCAUGAGCGAGGCGUGGAGCUCGUGGACUGGUCAUUCCGGCAUUUUGCUGAUAUGCAGCCUCUGGGCUGGAUGCCUCGUUUCGGGACGCUGGAAGCACUGGCCAUGCAGCUCGCGCGUGUGGGUGAUGAUCGUUGUUGGGAUAUUCUACAGGCGGCGGAGGAUUACGCUGAAAGAGUUGAGGGAUAUGAGCAGAAGAGACGCUAUGCGCGGAAGAACGUGGAAGAGUAUUGGUAUGCGCAAAGAGGUGGACGGAAGGAAGAUGAACCGCUAGAGAAGAGUGCACACGCGGAUAAUGCGGAUGCUGCAGCGAUUGCGAGCUGGUCGUAG